UGUGCUCAACGCUGUAUUCGAAAUUUGGCAAGUCGGUUAUUUUAAAUUGUUUAGAUUUUGUUUAGUGUUUUUAUUAACGUGAUGAACAUCAUUAAUCUGACUGAAAAUUCACAAAAACCGGAUAUAGUGCACACUUAUGAUGUAGAUAACAAACAUGCACUCAUUAUAGAUAAUGGUUCCUUUAAGUGUCGUGCUGGAUGGAGCAACAGUCCACAACCCUUGCUAGAGUUUCGAAACUUUAUUUUAAAGCCCAGAAGAGAUAGGAGGAAAGAAGUUGCAGAACCUCAAGCAAACAAGCACACUCAAAUCGGAAAUGCUAUUUUAAAUAUUGAGUCAGUUCGGUUGAACCUCAAAACGCAGUUCGACCGGAAUGUGGUUACACACUUUCAUAAUCAGGAGCAGAUAUUUGAUUAUAUCUUUACGCAUUUAAGUGUUAACAACGAAGAAAAAUUCACACAUCCAGUACUACUAACAGAAGCUCUGGGCAAUCCUAACUACUUUCGCCAACAAAUGAAUGAAUUACUUUUUGAGUGCUAUGGCAUACCGUCUGUUUGUUAUGGAAUUGAUUCAAUCUUUAGCAUGAAGCGUAAUAAAUCAUGUGCUGAUACGUUGAUAAUAUCUUUUGGUUAUCAUACAACGCAUGUAAUUCCCGUUCUUGAUGGAAAGAUUCAAAUAGAAAAUGUGCGUCGCUUAAAUUUAGGCGGAUAUCAUAUUAUUCAUUAUCUGUAUCGGCUCAUGCAAAUGAAAUAUCCCAUGCACAUAAAUUCAAUAACGAUAAGUAGAAUAGAACAAUUAUUACAUUGUCACAGUAGUAUAGCAUUGGAUUAUCUGGAAGAGUUAAGGCGUUGGUCUGAUCUGGAAUACUAUACAGAAAAUGUGAAGAAAAUUCAGUUGGCAUUCGUAUUGCCUAGUACACAGAACACGCCACAGAAUCUCGAUCAAAAGAUUGAAAAACGAAAAGAGUUAACACGACGUCUUAUUGAGAUAAAUGCACGUCGCGCUAAAAACAAGCAAUUGGACAUGGAGAACCAACUACGAUUCAUGACUAGUAUUCGAGAACUUUAUGAGCUUGGCGAAAUGGAUGAAUUCGAAGCCGCACUAAAACAAAAUAGCAUAGACAAUUUAGCUGCGUUAGAUAAAACUAUUGCAACUCUACGUGGUCGGUUGCAGCAAAUGGAAUCAUCAACCCAAGAUGCUUCAGUUGCCAAUCGUACACCAAAAGAGAAAACAUCUGGCAACAAAAAACCACCAUCGGACGUUUCUAUGGAACAAUGGCUUUCAGAAAUCAACUAUAAACGCGAUGAGAUUCUACGACGAAAGGAAGUACGCAAAGCGCGCAGACAAGAAGCAGCGAAACGUCAUACUGCAGCGGCACAAGAGCGUAUGCGCAUUAUUUCUUUACUGGCACACAACGAUAAAGGUAUUGAUAAUUUCGGUGUUAACGACAAUGAUUGGGACGUUUAUAAGUCUAUAAACAAGGAUAAUGAAAGUGACAGUGAUAGUGAUAAUGAAAAACUCUUAGAAUGUGAGAAUAUUCUACGCCAACAUGAUCCUUCCUUUAAACAAAGUAGUACGCAAAGUUGUGAUGUUGCUGAAAAUUAUCAAUUACAUUUCAGUGUGGAGUCAAUUCGUGCUCCUGAGGUACUCUUUCAACCUAGCUUAAUAGGAUGUCCCGAAAUGGGUGUAGCCGAGCUUAUUGAAUUUGUACUUAAACUAUUUCCGGCUGCUGAACAGCAACGAUUGGUUAAUAGUAUUCUACUCACAGGUGGAUGUUCACAAUUUGCAGGUUUGAAAGAGCGUUUAUCCAAAGAACUUCUCGAAAUGCGUCCAUUUAAGUCAUCAUUUAAUAUUUAUGCUGCCCAGUUAGCAGAACUUGACGCUUGGUUAGGAGCAAGAGAUUUCGCAAAUUCUAAAGAUUUUGUAAAUUCACUGAGCACUAAAGAGGAUUAUCAUGAAAAAGGUACUGACUAUUUCAAAGAGCAUACGUACAGCAAUAGGUAUUAUGCAAAUAUUUAAAAUAUUGUAAAGUGAACU